AGAGAGAAGCGCUGAGUCGCGGACCAUUUCAAUGCUGAAUUAACGAAGUGGCAGCUGAAGGAGACAUAUUCAUACACGUGGCAGGAAGUUGGGAUAUUUGCGAUAAAUCAUGAACAACAGUUAGACAAGAGAGCGAACAAAAAACUCUUCUGAAUCUAAUUACCGAAUUCAUUUGAUGAUUAGCAGAACAAAGCGUAAGAACCCUUCGAAGCUCAUCCUUUGAGGUAGGUAUAAUAUGGUUUUCUAAACAUUUCGAUCACAAGAUCAGGCUGGAGGCGACCCUUUUGGAAAUAGGAUCAAAACCCAGUCCACAACAUAUGGCACAAGGAAAGGAUGUUAAGUAUUCUGCAUUGUCAAACUGUGAAGCUUACUUUGAGCGCAUCCAAUCUACGAAGAAACUUCCAAAAUCCCUACAGGAGACAUUGAAUGAUGCAUUUGCAAGGAUCCCAGUUUCAUCGUUUCCUGGAGUUCCGGCAGGCAGAGUUAUUGAGAUUCCAGCAGACACAACUAUUGCUAAUGCUGUAAAGAUUCUAUCUGAGUGCAACAUUUUAUCAGCUCCUGUAACAAAUCCAAAUGCAAGAGCAAGUAUGGAUUGGAGAGAUAGGUACCUUGGAAUUGUAGAUUAUUCAGCAAUUAUCUUGUGGGUGUUGGAGAGUGCAGAGGUCGCCGCAGCUGCUUUAUCAGCUGGUUCAGCAACUGCUGUUGGAGUUGGCGCGGGAGCGGUUGGUGCUAUUGGAGCAUUGGCAUUAGGUGCGACAGGGCCGGUUGCAGUUGCAGGGAUAGCGGCAGCUGCGGUUGGAGCUGCUGUGGCUGGUGGAGUUGCUGCCGACAAAGGAAUGGGUAAGGAUGCCCCCACAGCUGCUGAUAAUUUAGGCGAGGAUUUUUACAAAGUUUUACUGCGAGAAGAACCAUUCAGAUCAACAACGGUCCAGUCAAUAUUGAAAUCCUAUCGCUGGGCUCCAUUCCUUCCAGUGGCUCUAGAUAAUUCCAUGUUGAGCGUCUUACUGCUACUCUCAAAAUAUAGAUUAAGGAAUGUACCUGUAAUCGAACCAGGAAAACCCGACAUCAAGAAUUAUAUAACUCAAUCUGCAGUAGUUCAGGGUCUUGAAAGGUGUAGAGGAAGGGACUGGUUUGACUGUAUAGCUGCAAGACCUAUUUCGGAUUUGGGACUUCCAUUCAUGUCUUGUAACGAGGUUAUAAGCAUCCAGAGCAGAGAGUUAAUACUGGAAGCUUUCAAGCAAAUGAGAGAUAAUCGUAUUGGUGGUCUUCCAGUUGUCGAGGGGCCAAAUAAAAGGAUUGUGGGAAAUAUAAGUAUAAGAGACAUAAGACAUUUACUGCUUAAACCUGAACUUUUCUCCAAUUUCAGGAAGCUUACUGUUAUGGAUUUCAUCAACACAGUUGUUACGUUGACCCAAGAUGUUGGAAAACUUGCCCCACCAAUUACAUGCAAACUGGAUUCAACUCUUGGCUCUGUUAUCCAUAGUCUUGCUUCCAGGUCAGUUCACAGGAUCUAUGUGGUAACUGGUGAUGAUGAAGUUGUUGGGGUCAUCACCCUAAGGGAUGUGAUCUCAUGCUUCAUUUUUGAACCGCCCAACUAUAUAAUCAACAACUUUGGAUUCUCUGCGGAAGAAAUGUUGAAUCAGUGACAUUUCUAAGUUUUCCUUAACGUAUGACAGAUGUGUAAGAUGUAAAAGAGUUACGAAAUCUGGUUCAAUAUCGAAAGUACACUAAUUACUCUGCUUAUGUACUUACUUUUAGGUCAUUCGAUUGAACUAAUGCCAGAUAGCUUUCUCAA